AUGCCUUCAGAAAGUACUGUAGAUAGAUUCAUAGAAAGCUCGUCCAGACUUUUACUGGCUUAUCCCACUACCACUACACUUUCUAUCACAUAUGCCAAUGCCUUAAAAAAGUCCAAAACCAAUAAGGAAGGAACCAAAAAAGAAGACGACGCAGACUCCAAGAAGGCAACCAAUAUAGUGACUUUUAAAUGUUAUGAACCAAACGCAGGAAAAUGUAUUAAAUAUUCAACGUAUAAAGUUAAAGAACUUUCCAGAUUAUUGACAUUUGUAGGACCAAGAGGAGUGCUGGUAACUAAACCUAUUAAUAAAAAGAGAAAGUUAGAAGACAGUGAUGAAAAUUCUGACAAGAAGACUAAAACCGAGAAAACUUCCAGCGCAGAACAUGCCGCAGGGUUGGCAAGCAUUAUGAGUAACGUGAAAUUUGAGGAAGAAACUGUUGCAAAGUUCUCCACACCACAGCCCGAAGAAGCUGCAUCUUCAGCUGCCAACUCAACCGCUACUACUACUUCUGCUUCGAAGAAGAAGAAUAAGAAGAAGAAGGGUAAGAAAUAG